AUCACUACAGCUGUCGCUAUUGUCUAUGUCAUUCUCUUUGGUCGUCUCAUUGUACUUACCUUGUGUUGUUUAUAUUAAUAAAAGAUAUUAAUUACAUUGAAGUCGUCGUAUGAUUUUAUAACCAAAAGGACCGGCUAACACGCUACAAUACAUGGUGUCAGAAGUGUAAGUGAACUGGAUUCACAUCGUCGUGAAAUAAGUAAUGUCAACACGUCGCCGCCUCGCCGCUAACAAACAUGUCGGAAGAUCAAAAACCCAAGAAAUUAUCGGGAAUGUCAUGUCCGCAGCCCAUGUUGAUGACUGGUAAUUUAGCACAACAAUGGAAGAAAUGGGUGCAAUCCUUCAAAUUUUACAUGCGCGCGUCCGGCAUGGAUGAAGAAAGCGAUGGCAGAAAGGUAGCUUUAUUUUUACAUGUCAUUGGGGAAAAAGGUGUGGAUGUAUUUAACACGUUCGGAAAAGACGAAGACAAAGUUAAAUACGACGAGCUCAUCGAGUUGUUUCAAAAUCAUUUUGCCCCAAAAGCUAACCUAACUUAUGAAUGUCACAAUUUUUUCACAUAUAAACAAAGUGAAAACGAGUCGCUGGAUGAUUUUGCAUGUGCACUAAAACUAAGGUCUCAAAACUGCGAGCUAGGAAAACUGCAGGAACGUCUUGUCAAAAUAAUGUUCAUAUGCAACAUGCAUCAAAAGUACAACUAUAUCCGAGAAAGACUUUUGCUUGAAGACAAGCUAGAUCUUGACAAGGCCUUAGAAGUGGCAAAAGCCAUGCUAGCUUCAAGACAUCAGACAGAUGCAUUGACAGCAGAACAAAGUUCAGUCAUGUAUAAUAAAACUCAGUCAAGGUCUAAGUCAAAUACAAGAAAUAAAAGUCAACAACAACAGUCAAAAAAGGAAGUCUGUACAAAAUGUAAUCAAGUCCAUCGUCACAAGUGUCCAGCAUUGUCUCAAGUCUGCAGAAAUUGCAAUAAAGUCGGUCAUUUUGCAGUAUGUUGUCGGUCCAAGUCGAAGUCAGUCAAGUAUGUCGAGUCAGAUAACAACACCCAUCAGGUACAGUCAGAAAAACAAGAUUUAUUCAUUGGUCAUAUACAGUCGUCAUCGUCAAGUGAGUGGACAAUAAAUAUAAACAUAAAUAAGUCACAAGUGAAUUGUAUUAUUGAUACAGGCAGUGAUGUCAACAUAAUGUCAAAAAACGUCUAUGAUUCACUUAAUAUCAAAAAGGUAUUGUCUAAAACUGAUAUUAAAAUUAAGUCAUACACUGGUAAUAGUCUAGAAGUACUAGGUCAACAAAAUUUACAAUGUAAAUUACAAUUGAAUGGCACCUACAUGACAAAACAAAUUAAUUUUGUUAUUGCAAAUGUGAAUUCUCCAACUGUGUUAGGUAAAAUUACUUGCUCAGAAAUUGGAUUAAUAAAAAGAGUUUUUUGUGUCGAGUCUACAAAUAGUCACAUGUCAGAAAAUAAUGAUAGUCAAUUGUCAUUUGAAACAAAUCAAAACGAGUCAAAGUCAUGUCAUGUAAUUUGUCCUGAAGCCAUGAAAAGUCAGUCAGUACAGUCAAGUCAGUCACAGUCAAGUCAGUCACAGUCAAGUCAGUCACAGUCAAGUCAGUCACAAGAUAUAAAUUUGUCUAAACUAAUUGAAUAUAAUAAUUCUGUUUUUACCGGUCUUGGAUGUCUUCCUGGUGAGUGUGUCAUAAGUACAAAUCCUGAUGUCAAGCCAAAAGUCGAUGCACCAAGGAAGGUACCAUUCGCUCUACAUCAAAGGCUUCAAGAAGAAUUGGAGAAAAUGGAAAACAUGGAUGUCAUUGUCAAGGUCACAGAGCCAACUGAGUGGACAUGGUUCGCGCCAAGGUCGCUGGUGCAAAAUUCUACUCAACUUUAGAUGCCAGUAGUGGAUUUUGGAUGUGUAAAUUGAGUGAGAAGAGUUCUUACCUCACAACAUUUAAUACGCCAUUUGGUCGUUAUCGCUUCAAACGUCUUCCAUAUGGAGUCAACUGUGCCCCUGAGUACUUUCAUAGAAUAAUGACAGAAAUAUUUGGUGACAUACCAGGAGUGGCAGUAUACAGCGAUGAUAUUUUAGUCAGUGGACAAACACUACAAGAGCAUAAUGAACGCCUUAAUAUGGUAUUCAACAGAGCCAAGGAAUACAAUGUCAAAUUUAAUAAAGAAAAAUGUUCAUUUGCCAAGGAGAGUAUUAAAUACCUGGGUCAUAUAUUUUCAGCAGUCGGAAUCACAGUCGAUCCGGAUAAAGUCAGAGCAAUCCAAGAGAUGCCGUCUCCUACUUGUCUAAAAGAUUUACAACGAUUUCUAGGCAUGCUUAAUUACUUAAGUCCUUUUAUUAAAAAUAUGGCAUGUGAGACAGAAAUUCUACGUCAGUUACUAAAGAAGUCUACUGAUUGGCAGUGGAAUGCUAAUCAUGAAGCAACAUUUUGUCGUCUAAAACAAUUAAUAUGUCAGGUCCCAGUCUUGUCACAUUUUAAUGUCAAUGAUCCUAUUGUCAUACAAAGUGAUGCUAGUAGCUGUGCUGUCGGAGCAGUGUUGUUACAAAAUCAACAUCCUGUCUAUUAUGCGUCAAAAACCUUAACGGAGUCACAGCAAAGAAUGGCUCAAAUAGAGAAGGAACUAUAUGCAAUAGUCUUUGCCUGCGUCAAGUUCCACCAAUUUAUAUAUGGACAAACUGUAAUGGUCGAAACAGAUCAUGCUCCGUUAAUAACAUUAUUUAAAAAGCCUUUAGUCGAAGUCCCAACACGUCUACAGAGGAUGAUGUUGAAAAUACAGUCAUAUAGUCUAAAUGUAGUCUACAAGAAAGGCAGUCACAUGUAUAUUGCUGAUACAUUGUCUAGAGCACCACUGUCAGAAACAAGCACAGAAGAAUUAGAUGAUGAUGUGGUCGUGCACGUCAAUUUACUUAUUAAGUCAUUACCUGUCUCUCCAGAACGUCUACAAUGGCUAAUCAAAGGCACUAAUGAAGAUGAAAGUCUACAGAUUUUGAAAAAAUACUGUAAAGAAGGAUGGCCGUCGAGUAAAGCUCAAGUUCACAAAGAUGUACAGGAAUAUUGGCAAUAUAGAUUUGAUCUACAUACAGAAAAUGAUCUAAUCUUCAGAAGUAACAGUAUAGUCAUACCUAAAAAAUUAAGGCCAGAUAUCUUGAAAAUAAUACACAGUGGUCAUCUAGGAAUUGAAAGGUCUAAAGCGUUUGUCAGAGGUCAUGUAUUUUGGCCAUUCAUGUCAACAGAUAUAAAAAAUCUUGUCGAGUCAUGUCAUACUUGCUUGUCACAUAGAAGCUCAAAUGCUCCUGAACCGCUUCUUCCACAUGAUGUCUCAUUGCUUCCAUGGGAAAAAGUUGGUGUUGAUUUCAUGGAUUAUAAGUCUAAAAAAUUCAUAGUCGUCCAAGAUUAUUACUCGAAUUAUAUUGAAUUGAUGUCAGUGGCAAGUACUAACGCCAAAACAGUAAUUGUUUGUCUUAAAAGUAUCUUCAGUCGACAUGGGAUACCAGUAGAGUUAUUCUCAGACAAUGGUCCACCAUUUAACUCUGCAGAAUUUAAGAAUUUUAUUUUUGAAUGGGGAAUACACCAUAACACGUCAAGUCCAUACAUACCAAGGUCAAAUGGAUUGGUAGAGUCAGCAGUCAAGAUAUGUAAACGUUUUCUUACUAAGUCAGACGAAUCAGGAACAGACCCAUAUCUUGCUUUGCUUCAAUUCAGGAAUACACCUAGAGGAAAUCUACCAUCUCCAGCACAACUGUUAAUGUCACGUUCGCUGAGAACACAAUUGCCUACAGUCACAAAUAACUUAAAACCUAAAACAAUCAAAUUUCAAGAUUAUGUCAAGACAAAGGAAGAAAAUAAGAAGAAAAUGAAAGAUUAUUACGACAGAAAGACUAAAGUAUUGCCAGAACUAAAAGAAGGAGAUAAAGUCUAUUUUAAGAAAAUGCCAGAUUCGCUAUGGACUACAGGCAACGUCAAGUUUAAAUGCGAUCAGCCUAGGUCCUAUACAAUUGAAGGGUCUGAUGGAUUUAUAGGAAGAAGAAAUAGACAGCAUAUUUUGAAGCCACCACAGAUACCACAAAUGGAAUUUUCUGAAGGGUCACAAAAGAGUCCAAAUGUCAGAACGUCUCCUGUGUCACAUACAGUAGCUCCGUCUAUUGAAGAGCAUACUACCCCGGUUCAAAUGCGCACUCGGAGUGGAAGAGUCAUAAGACCACCAAGACAGUUAGAUUUAUAAAAAAUAUACAUAUAUAUAUUUGUUAUGACUGUGAAGGACUGUCUGUAAAUUUAGCUGUCUAGUAUUAGUAAUAGUAUAGACUAAGUUAAACAUAUUGUGUCUUAAUUGUAAUUACAAAUUGUCUGUCUUAGCUGGUCAAUAAGCUACUGUUAAACUAUAGUGUUAAGUCAAGUCAAGCUGUAAAAUUGUAAUCAUUUUACUUCUUUCUGAUAAGGGGGAUGUUGUAUACGUCACUAUUAGUCACGCACAUCACUACAGCUGUCGCUAUUGUCUAUGUCAUUCUCUUUGGUCGUCUCAUUGUACUUACCUUGUGUUGUUUAUAUUAAUAAAAGAUAUUAAUUACAUUGAA